AUGGAAGACGGCCCGCUGCCCGACCUCAGAGACAUCGAGCUGAAGCUGGGACGCAAAGUGCCCGAGAGCCUACUGCGCUCGCUCCGUGGGGAGGAGCCGGUUCCCCCGGAGAGGGACCGAGACCCCGGAGGGGGGAGCGGGGGCGGCGGCAGCGGUUGCAGCAGCAGCAGUAGCUGCUGCAGUUUCCCACUCUCCUUGUCGUCGUCCUCUUCGUCCUCCCCAACCUCUGGCUCCCCACAGCCCAGCCACUCCAGUAGCACCCUGGAGAGGCUGGAAACCAAGCUUCACCUCCUCAGGCAAGAGAUGGUUAACCUCAGAGCCACAGACGGGAAGCUCAUGCGCCAGUUGCUGCUCAUCAAUGAGAGCAUCGAGUCCAUCAAGUGGAUGAUUGAAGAGAAAGCCACCAUCACCAGCCGAGGCAGCAGCCUGAGUGGCAGCCUGUGCAGCUUACUGGAGAGUCAGAGCACCUCCUUACAUGGCAGCUACAACAGCCUCCAUGAGGGCAGUGACGGGCUAGAUGGCAUCUCUGUGGGGAGCUACCUGGACACUUUGGCAGAUGACGUCCCAGGCCACCAGACGCCCUCAGACUUGGACCAGUUCAGUGACAGUUCGGUCAUAGGGGACUCGCACGCACUGUACAAGCGUCCCAAAUUGGAUUCCGAAUACUACUGCUUUGGCUAA